UGCGCAUGGGUGCGUUCUCAGAGAAAUGUUAAGCGUGAUCCAUGGAAGAUCGUGGUAAAGAAGAUUCAAGUGUCAGAUUAAUUAAUUACUUACUUUGGACGUUGAUCUUGUUUAUUUUUUUAUAUAUUGAUAUAGGCUGAAAAACAAGUAGAAGAAAAGUCUUAAUAAAUUUACACGUCGAUGUUAUAUGUUAUAAGCGUGCAAUUAAAAGAAAAUAUAAUUAUAUAUAGUAUGUGAAGGGAAUAAGAGUUUUGAUAACAAUUGGAAAUUGCCACUUCCGUAGUAUUUAUAGAAUUUCUUCAAUUUUUAUCGAUAAAGAGAAUAAAAUGGAAGAUAUAUUUCAAUGGUGUCGCGAAGGAAAUGCUAUGCAAGUUCGUGUUUGGUUGGACGACACUGAACAUGACAUGAAUCAAGGCGAUGACCACGGAUUUAGUCCACUUCACUGGUGUUGUAAAGAAGGCCAUCUGAAAUUGGCAGAAUUGCUAGUUAGUAGAGGAGCACGCAUUAAUGCUACAAAUAGAGGAGACGACACUCCGCUACAUCUUGCUUCUGCGCAUGGACAUAAGGAAAUUGUUCAGUUGUUAUUGCGAAAUAAAGCAGAUGUAAAUGUAACCAACGAACAUGGAAAUACCGCUCUUCAUUAUGCGUGUUUUUGGGGUGACCAAGCUGUUGCCGAAGAGUUAGUAGCUGCUGGUGCCUUAGUAUCCAUAGCUAACAAGGAUGGUGAUACUCCUCUUGAUAAAGCUAGAGGACACUUGGCAAAAAGACUACAUGAUAUGGCAGUAGAAUAUGGACAAGAUUUAAAAAAAAUUCAAUUUAAAGAUCAAAGUUGGCUGGGAUUAAAAACUAGGAGCAGAGAUGCCACUUUAUCCAGAUACAAAGGUAUCAACAUGGCAGAUCUUGCCUUGCAUACUCAUUUAGCGAGUACUCCAAGCGGAGAAACUUGGAGAGGGCGUUGGCAAAAUAAUGAUAUUGUAGCCAAAAUUUUAAAUAUACGUGAAUGCACAGCACGUAUAUCCAGAGAUUUUAAUGAAGAGUUUCCAAAACUCCGAAUAUUUUCUCAUCCAAAUGUUCUUCCGGUUCUUGGUUGUGUAAAUCAACCGCCACAAUUAGCGACAGUUUCACAAUACAUGGCUAGAGGAAGUUUGCAUAGGCUCCUACAUGGAGGUACUGGCGUUGUCGUUGAUACGGCACGAGCACUUCGAUUAGCCCUUGAUGUGGCAAGAGCUAUGGCCUUUCUUCAUGGAUUAGAAAGGCAAAAUAGAUGCAGGUUUCAACUUAACAGUAAACAUAUUAUGAUCGACGAAGAUUUAACUGCUCGAGUAAAUAUGGCAGAUUCGAAAUUUUCUUUCCAAGAGGUUGGACGUAUAUACGAACCAGCCUGGAUGUCUCCAGAAGCUCUUAGCAAAAGACCUGCCGAUAUCAAUCUAGAAGCUAGCGAUAUGUGGAGCUUUGCUGUUCUUUUGUGGGAACUUGCUACGAGAGAAGUGCCUUUUGCUGAUCUCUCUCCCAUGGAAUGUGGAAUGAAGAUAGCGUUGGAAGAAUUGCGUGUUAGUAUACCACCAGGUAUUUCUCCGCAUCUUGCCAAAUUAAUCAGAAUUUGUAUGAACGAAGACCCAGGGAAACGUCCCUCAUUUGACAUGGUCGUACCCAUUCUUGAUAAAAUGAAACGCUAAAGUUACAGAAAAUGCACAAAAUUAAUUCUCCAAGAAACAUAAUAAUUUUACUUACACUUUUUACAAUACACGUGCUUUUCGAAACAA